GGCCAGAUAGGAGGCUGAAGACUGUGUUCAGUACUUUGACCUGUAGCUGAAACAGACCAGCUCACAUUUUGUUCACUGGAUAUAACCAGAGGAAGGCUUUGAUUACACUAAACAAGAUAAGCAAUGUUGAAGCUCUUGAUGCUGGCCAUCAUCACAGCGCUCCUCCUGCUGGCAGAAGGGGGAAUGUCAGCGAGGACUCAGUCCCGCACUAAGAGAGAAUUGGCCAGCCCGCUGCACCUCAGUGGGAUCCGGGACCCCUCUGGCUCCUACUGUCAGAGGAGAGGAGGCUGCUGCCCCGGGCGAGAUGACCAGUGCACUGUGCCUUACCUGGACACCAUCUGUUACUGCGACCUGUUCUGCAACCGCACCGUGUCCGACUGUUGUCCAGACUUCUGGAGCCACUGCCUGGGAACAACUCCUCCAUAUCCUCCCAGUUCUUGUGAAAGGAACGGCCACAGAUUUCACUCAGGAGCAACAUACAAAGAGAACUGUAAUUUAUGUACAUGUGGUCAGAAUGGACGCUGGGAAUGUGAGCAACAUGCCUGUCUGAUUGAGGAUGACAUGAUCCAGGAAAUCAACAGGAGAGGUUAUGGUUGGAGAGCCACAAACUACAGUCAGUUCUGGGGAAUGACUCUGGACGAGGGUCUGCGGUAUCGUCUGGGAACACAGCGCCCCUCACGGACCAUUAUGAACAUGAAUGAGAUCCAGAUGAAUAUGAAUGGAAACGAUCAUCUGCCAAGUUACUUUAAUGCAGCAGAAAAAUGGCCAGGGAAAAUCCAUGAGCCCUUGGACCAGGGGAACUGCAAUGCAUCCUGGGCUUUCUCAACUUCAGCCGUUGCAUCAGACCGGAUCUCUAUUCAGUCAAUGGGUCACAUGACCCCUCAGCUCUCACCUCAGAAUCUGAUUUCCUGUGACACACGUCAUCAGGGCGGCUGCUCCGGUGGACGUGUCGAUGGGGCCUGGUGGUACCUAAGGAGAAGAGGGGUCGUGACAGAGGAGUGCUACCCUUUCUCUCCACCCCAGCAAACACCUUCUGAUGUGGCUCGCUGUAUGAUGCAAAGUCGAGCGGUGGGUCGGGGAAAGAGGCAGGCCACAGCACACUGUCCCAACAGCUAUAGCUACCACAAUGAUAUCUACCAGUCAACCCCACCAUACAGAUUGUCCUCCAAUGAGAAUGAGAUUAUGAAAGAGAUUAUGGAUAAUGGCCCCGUGCAAGCUGUCAUGGAGGUCCAUGAGGAUUUCUUUGUGUACAAGAGAGGAAUUUACCGACACACAGACGUCAAUUACCACAAACCGUCAGAGUACCGCAAACAUGCAACACACUCUGUCAGAAUAACAGGAUGGGGAGAGGAAAGAGACUACAACGGCAGAACACACAAAUACUGGAUUGCAGCCAACUCAUGGGGGAAGAACUGGGGUGAGGAUGGUUACUUCAGGAUUGCUCGUGGUGUAAAUGAGUGUGAGAUCGAGACGUUUGUGAUCGGUGUGUGGGGCAGAGUCACCAUGGAAGACAUGCACAACCAUCACCACCAUCACGGACGCCGCAAGUAGAGAUCUGCAGUGUACGCCUCACUGUAUGAUUUACACCACAAUGUCAAUCAGGUCUUUUGCUGGUUUGUUAGAGUCUGAUUUCCACCAUACCGACCAAACCCCUGUGCCUUUUGAAUAUCUGUUCACACUGCAUGCAAAAAAAAGUGCUGUCCACUGCCCCCCUCUGUCCAAAUACACAUCUUCACUGAAGUUUUUUGUUUGGAAUAUUUGGCCAAUAUUCUCUUAUUGGUGGAAACCAGUUUGUUACACUCCUUGACUGGACCUCAAACAGCCACAGGACUCAGAUGCACUCAGGAAUCUACUCCAAAGACACUUCACAGGCACACAUGCGCUCAGCAUCACAACGUAUAGCCGUCUCAAAUGUCUAAUAUAGUGAUAUAUCAGGA